AUGAAGGUCCUCGUGGCUCUCGCUGUCUGCGCGCUAGUCGCCAGUGCUUACGGAGCGAGUCUCGGCGUUUUCGAUGGUCCGGUUUAUUUUGAUGACGAAACCCUCACGAGCGUGGAGGCCCAAUUUCAACUCGAUCAUCGGGACUUAAGUGACCUGACCCUCGUAGAGCAGCCCUCUUUCAGAGCUCGUCGCUUCACCUGCGACGUCUUGUCCUUCAAGAGCAUGUGGGUCUCGCCGAAUCACUCGGCCUGUGCCGUCAGGUGUCUAGCCCAGCGUCGCAAGGGAGGAAAGUGCAAGAACGGAGACUGCGUCUGCCGAUGAUAGAAUUAAAAUAAACUACAUGAAUGAAUUAGUUUUAUCACUGCCGCUAUGUUAAAGCAUGAUUUUGUUGAGAUGCGUUAUAUGUAAGAUACUAUUUACUGUAAUGUAUAGUUUUAUUUAAUAAACGACUUUGAUACAAAGCAAA